CAGUCCUGUGGGCUAACAAUGACGAUCUCGGGAUCAGGAAAUUUCCUAGCGUACAUAGGGAAUACUACAAAGGGUAGAUUUGAUGUGUGGGUGAAACAGGAAAAGGACAGCUGCAUCAUUCCUCCGCCAAAUCUUACGAUGAAAUACACAGGAUGUCGAAAACCUGAAGAGGCCUUAUGUGCGGCAAAUUCCACGGAACUCGUAGAAAAAAUUAAAAAGGAACGAUUCAGCGAGGCUGAGAUGUGUACAUUAUUACGUUUCUAUUUCUUUACGAGAGGCAACAAAGAAAUGAACAAUAUUAAUUUGACACCAAGGAUAGGCAACACAACAUUUAUCGGAGACCUCCGGUUGCAGGAGGAGCCAAAAUAUGAGUCCAGAUUUGUAAAUUUUUAUCACAAGGGUGAAUUGCUAUGGUAUCCAACCUUGGAGGAAUAUUACAAUCGGAAAACAGUCAAUUAUACUCUGCAUAAUGACUCAUCAAAAAUGGUAUACAUAUGGAUCUCUAAAGAUGUAGUUCAGAAUUUGUUCAAAGGUGUUCAAACUCAUGGGAUGUUAUGCUACACUAUUACCCCAGAGAAGCUUGGUCCAGGAAAUCCGGGAUUGAAUAUUUCAUGUUCCAAGGGUGUUUGUGUAGGACGUCUAGUGCCAGAGCUAGAAGAUAAAUAUCCAAAUCAAUAUAUGGAUUUGGACAUCUACAGUUUGGAAACACCAGACGUGACAUUUGAGAAGAAUUUGGCUGUUUUGAAGUUCUGUGCAGUUAUGUUUAUAUACAUUCGAAAUCCAAUGGAUAAAAUGCCUAAUUCUACAGUGAUUGCCAAAUUGGAUGGAAGUCUUGAUAUACGAAUCAAAAUUUUUAUGAAAGAUUCACUUUUAUGUGGGGAAGUCGUGGCUUUUGAGCCAUAUUUGGAAAAUGUGGAUACAACUAUCCAUGAUUUUGAUGUAGGUUUUUCAAGAUUUUUCAAAAUUUUCAAGUAAUAUGGCUCUUAA